GCCAUUUUCCACUUGGAUCGAGCACUGGAUCUAGCAGUUGGGUGUCGAAGCCUUAAGAUCAAAAGGAGAAUAUCUGGUGUUCCUUCAACGAUAUGCCGAUGCUCAGGAGAUAGUCAAUGAGAUUCUCCAAUACGAUAGUGGUAAUGCUGAUGCCAUCUACGUUAGAGGAAUGUGUCUUUACUACCAGGACAAUGCAGAGGCAGCUUUCAAUCACUUCCAGCAUGUUCUGCGGUUAGCGCCUGACCAUCAAAAGGCUCGUGAAAUUUAUAAGAAAGCAAAACAACUCAAAUUGAAAAAAGAAGAGGGCAAUGAGGCUUUCAAGAGAGGAAACUUCCAGGAAGCUUUCACUCUUUACACAGAAGCCCUUGCCAUUGACCCCCUCAACAAACACACAAAUGCCAAGCUGUACUUCAAUCGUGCCACAGUGGGAUCUAAGCUGAACAAACUCGAAGAAGCCAUCGAGGAUUGCACAGCAGCAAUAAACCUAGAUGAAGGUUACAUAAAAGCCUACCUCCGACGUGCCAAGUGUUACCAGUCAUUAGAGAAACACGAAGAAGCUGUCAGGGAUUAUGAAAAAGUUGCAAAAUUAGAUCGUAGCCAAGAACAUAAACGGUUACUACAUGAAGCCAAGAUUCAGUUGAAGAGGUCAAAGAGGAAAGAUUACUACAAGAUUCUUGGAGUCAACAAGAAUGCCUCAGAUGACGAGAUUAAAAAAUCAUACCGAAAAAUGGCAUUGGUACAUCAUCCAGAUCGCCAUGCUAAUGCAACUGACAAAGACAAGAGAGAACAUGAAAUCAAGUUCAAGGAGAUCGGUGAAGCUUAUUCAGUGUUAACUGAUGCAAAGAAGCGAGCCCUGUACGACCGAGGACAUGAUGUCAAUGAUCCUGAUGGUGGCUUUGGACAUGAUGCGGACAUUGAUCCAAACCAGAUUUUCCAAGCCUUCUUUGGAGGUGGUCACGGAGGCUUCAGCUUUGGUGGCCAACAUGCAGGCUUCCAGCAGGGAGGUGGCUUCCCAGGAGGUGGCUUCAACAGCGGCAGCUUCCCUGGAGGUUUCCACUUUCAGUUUGGCUAAAAUGUAUGGCCAAGCCCCAGAGACAGGAGAGGAAGCAGGUGGCAUAGUGGUUAUCAAGAGCAACUUUAGUAAAAAGCAAAGAUGUUCUGAUUUUGUGUAUAGGAGAGGUUGAUUCAUAUUUUCCCUCCUGCAGUCUCUGUUAUGUGGUUAUCUUCCAGUAAGUUUGAUUAAGGAAAGCUUAGAAAUGAGUAAAUGGAACUAGAAUCAGAUUUCUGUUCUGUGUUUAUUUGUUUUGUUUUAUUUUCAUUGCUAUUAUUUUAUGAUUAUAAAUGUUAUUAUUAUUAUUGUUUCAGAAAAGGAAAGAUCAAUAUCAGUGGAUGUUUUAAAAGAUUCUAAACAAAAUUAUCUUUUGACUAGUACUGGCAGUAAGAUGUUUUAUUUUGCAUGUUUUUUACCAGAACACUCACAUAGAUUAAAACAUGCAUUGUGAAAUAUCUUUUGUUCUCAUUUUGUGGAGGCAAGAGUUUGAAAAGGUAUGACAUAUUCAUGACUGACACACUUGAGUCAUACAGGAUACUCAUAACCAAUUGUAUUUAUUUUUGUUGUCCAUCUCCAUUUGUAAUAAAACUCAGCCAUUCAUUUGCCUCUUUAUGUACUUAGAGGCAGUGGUCCCGUUUGUCUCUGAAAUUGCUGAUGACACUGGCUGUUUGUCAAAAUAGUAUGUGUAUAUUUUUUGGCAUAUUUAAAGGUUCAACAUUGAAAGUUUUGUAUUUUGUUAACUUCGCCAUUGCUAUCAGCCAUCGGAGGUACAGUCCCAGUAAUUGGAAGUGUGACCAACUUGCACAGAGUUGAAACUGUGUUUCUCAGUGUGAGUAAACAAGUGUAUAAAAACCACAGUGUGAUGGUAUGAAUGUGAUCAAGUCUCCAAGAUCACUCAUCUUUGAUUUUGAUGCUAAUUAUAAUGCUCAUAAUUCGGCUUCAAAGUGUAAGUGAUGGGUACUAUCAGUAAUUUGAGCUGCACUACCAUCAUCAUGUCUGUGGUACAAGAGUGUCCUCCUUUUAUACUGUGUUGUGCAUUCCUGUGUCAGAUUUGUAUCUCAUGUUUUAUAGAAAGAUUUUUUGACGUAAGUUUUGUCUGGAUUUAUGUAUCAUCUUUGUGUGUAUAUAUAUAUAUUAUUUUGUGCUUAUAUCUUUUAGGUCACUUAAAGAUAAAGGCUGAAAAUUUUCAAUAAGGGUUUCUUAUACAUGAGUGGGGCAAAUGUGUUUUUAUAUUUUCGGUAUCAAGUAAAUUGUGUGGAUGGUACCCCUCUUUCUGUUCACUCAGAAAAUUCUAAGACAACUGUAAAUCUGUAUUGGUACAUACUGAUGAUUUUGUGUUUGUCCAGCCCUUAUUAAAAGGAAUACUGUCAUAACCAGACAAACCAUGUGUGCACCCCACAAAACUACCCUCUCAAAUAGCGUAGUAGGCAAGAAGACAGAACACUAUAGACUGGUUUCUACUGUGUGCUUCAUACCCUUUUUAUAGCAAAACAAUAUUAUUCAGAAUUUAGAAUUUUUGCUAUUGUUUGUGUGUAAUUGGCCACGUCAAUAGUUUCAAUUAUUCUGCUUGGUUCAAUUACAUGAUGCCAUUGUCUGCAGAGCUAUUUCUGACAGACAGAAUAGUCAACACGUGACAGGUUCCAAACUAGAGUUCACACUAGAUUCACCCUCUUUUCACUCUAUUUAUUAACUUUUGUUGUGUUAUGAUUUUAAAUAUUCUUUAGGGGUAAUGUACUAAAGAAGAUAAUGCUGUGAGAAUAUUGGUGCACCUGAAAAAACUUGUUAAUUAGUAGGAGUAGCAAUUUUGUAUUUAGAACCAAAAGCUGGUAGAUAAGUGAAUUUGUUUUCCUAUGUUUAAUAAAUUAUGCCCCUUACCUCUGUUACCUAAGCACGGUUACCAUUAGCGAAAUGUAUAUCAUUAGUUGAUAAAUGAAGAAAUAAAGAGAAGAUAUUUAUGGUUUCAGCUGUCUUUUUAUUUUGUGAAGAAUGGGUAAUAUUUUAUAGUAAUGUAUCAAGAAAAUAUUGACUAUAGAAAUUGGGGUUGUGGAAGGCUUUUAUUAGGUUUCUUUAUGUCUCAUUGUCAUGGCAGGAGAUACUGUAAAACUGAAUCUUGUCACUUUCUGUAUAUCUUUGAAAGGAGAACUCUUGUAUGUAUUACAAUACAUUCAAAUAAACAUUACAGUUAA